GGCUGGCUGGCGGACCGGAGAGACAGAUGAGCCAGGGGCGCGGAGAGAGACUCCGAGAAGGAGCAGAGGGAGCCCAGCCCCGGGAGGGCCGACCUCCCGCUUGUCUCAGUUCAUUCAUCCCUCCCUUGUCUCCUCUGCGGGGCAGUGACUGUGGCUCUCGGUUUCUCCAAGUUGGUGCCUAAGAAGAUGAUAAUCACACAAAUGAAUCGCUGCUUCAUGACCAGCCUUGGGCUCCUCUUUGUGAUUAAUAUUCUCCCUGAAAUAACUGGUCAAGGGGAAUCAAGACGACAAGAGCCUGGUGACUUUGUGAAACAGGAUAUUGGCGGGCUUUCUCCUAAGCAUGCCCCGGAUAUUCCCGAUGACAGCACUGACAACAUCACUAUCUUCACCAGAAUCUUGGAUCGUCUUCUGGAUGGCUAUGACAACCGCUUGCGACCUGGGCUUGGAGAUGCAGUAACUGAAGUGAAAACCGACAUCUAUGUGACCAGUUUUGGCCCCGUGUCAGACACUGACAUGGAAUACACAAUUGAUGUAUUUUUUCGACAGACAUGGCAUGAUGAAAGACUAAAAUUUGAUGGCCCCAUGAAGAUCCUUCCACUGAACAAUCUCCUGGCUAGUAAGAUCUGGACCCCUGACACCUUCUUCCACAAUGGCAAGAAAUCAGUAGCCCAUAACAUGACCACACCUAACAAGCUGCUCAGACUGGUGGACAAUGGAACCCUCCUCUACACAAUGAGGUUAACAAUUCAUGCCGAGUGUCCCAUGCAUUUGGAAGAUUUUCCUAUGGAUGUGCAUGCUUGUCCACUGAAGUUUGGAAGCUAUGCCUAUACAACAGCUGAGGUGGUUUAUUCUUGGACUCUUGGGAAGAACAAAUCUGUAGAAGUGGCACAGGAUGGCUCUCGUCUGAAUCAGUAUGACCUGCUGGGCCACGUUGUUGGGACAGAGAUAAUUCGGUCUAGUACAGGAGAAUAUGUCGUCAUGACAACCCACUUCCAUCUCAAGCGAAAAAUUGGCUAUUUUGUGAUCCAGACCUACUUGCCAUGUAUCAUGACUGUCAUUCUGUCGCAGGUGUCUUUCUGGCUCAACAGAGAGUCUGUUCCUGCCCGCACGGUCUUUGGUGUCACCACUGUUCUUACCAUGACCACCUUGAGUAUCAGUGCCAGAAACUCCUUACCUAAAGUGGCAUACGCGACGGCCAUGGAUUGGUUCAUAGCCGUCUGUUAUGCCUUUGUAUUUUCUGCACUGAUUGAAUUUGCCACUGUUAACUACUUCACCAAGCGGAGUUGGGCUUGGGAAGGCAAGAAGGUGCCAGAGGCCCUGGAAAUGAAGAAAAAGACACCAGCAGCCCCAACAAAGAAAACCAGCACCACCUUCAACAUCGUGGGAACCACCUACCCCAUCAGCCUGGCCAAGGACACUGAGUUCCCCGCUAUCUCCAAGGGCGUUGCCCCCAGUGCCUCCUCAACCCCGACAGUCAUUGCUUCGCCCAAGGCCACCUAUGUGCAGGACAUCCCGACGGAGACCAAGACCUACAACAGUGUCAGCAAGGUUGACAAAAUUUCCCGCAUCAUCUUUCCUGUGCUCUUUGCCAUUUUCAAUCUGGUCUAUUGGGCCACCUACGUUAACCGAGAAUCAGCUAUCAAGGGCAUGAUCCGCAAACAGUAGGCAUUGGUGCCACAGCAACCAGAGCGCUGUAUACCCUAGUAUGCAUCCGAACUCCAGGCACCCGACCUCCAGGGCUCCCCUUUAUGUGUUUCAGGAUUCUUCUUUUUAACCCUCUGCCAAGCUGUCAGUUCAUAUUUAUGAAUCUCAGUGAAAAACAAACAUAGAAAGAAUUACUUCUCCCUCUAACAUUGCUGAACAUAUCCUUAUCAGAGCCAAACACUGCCGUUUGUCCAGUUGCUCAUCUUAAUCUGCCAGUUCCCCCAAUCUGGGAGCACUGUGUGUGUUUUAUUACACUCUUCCCACUGCACAAAGAACAACAGACUCUACUACCUGUUGGGAGACUCUACUAGUGGGAGAUCUGGCUGUUGGAGAGGUCUAGAUCAAGGAGGACUGUGGAGUGGUCCAGAUCAGAUGAUUCUGACCCAUUAGGAAGACAGGCUGGGCUAUCCCAUGUGGUCCCGCCUGGCACCUUCCCUACCUUCAGCAGGGUCCACAAGCCAUAAGUACUGAUAGCAAGGGCAGGAGCCAGUGCUAACCUCUGAAAAUGCCCACCCAGCUCCUUUAUUGGCUUGGGGGUUAGUGGACACAAUUGAAGCUCACCAUUGUUUACCAUAUUAUGGACAAAACACCAACUUGGCCAGCCAGACCCCAAGAUGGCUGGUGUCCUGCCAUGUCCAGCCCCUCAGAAAAAUAGUACACUCUUUGGUGUAUGUGCCCCCAAAGUAAGCCCUCUUCUCUCAAGCUCCUUGUCUCCCUUGAGAGCUGGUAUCCCUUGUAACCAGCUGGCCACUGCUUAGUUUGGUCUCAUUACCAUCUACAAAUUCUUCAGGAAAAGGGUAAAGUACUUUUUAAAUUCAUACUAAAAAGAGACAAAUGGAAACAAAUAACUGCACAAUAAUUUAAAAAAGACUAGAGAGCAAAGUCACCUCCUUGCCAAGGCAAGUAAUAAAAUACUGGAUGGGGCAAGAGAUUUGGGCUGGGUGGUAGUUGAGACUUGAAGUCUGGCUCAAAAGAGAGGGCCACGGGCAAGCAAAAGUCGCAUUUUUUCUUCCAUACCCUCCACGCUUCAGACCCCAGCUCAGGCACAAGGGCUUUGCCCCCACCCCAUCAGGGAGCUCUGGGUCUCUGUUGAUGCAGAUUAUGAGAGAGCUGCGCUGGAGUUUUGAGUCAGCGAAAUCAUUAACUUUAUUGCCAGUUUGAUAAUACAUUAUUUAGAUAAUUUGAUCUCAUUUGUUAUUGUGCGCAAAAGGAAGCUAUAAUUGUAACAUUUUUAUAAGGUAGAUAAACUGAGUCUCAGAUAUUUGAAUGACUUGCCUAGGCUUCUUAAAAGGGUCUGUACUGAAGUGCAGUUUGGUCGAACACAAAGAUUUUUAGAAAGUCACAAUGUGUCACCCAAAGAGACGAGGUGCAUAGAUCGAGCUCAAGGGGAUGAGAUUAAGAUGGCAGCCCCAGCCACUAGUCCAGAGUAUCCAGGAAGCCCGAAGUCAAGCCACAGAUGGCACCAAAACCACUCUCCCUGCCCACCCCCUGAGCAGAGCCCCCAAGGGGUCUAUCAUGAGCUGCUGGUUGCCCUUGCACACAUCCUUCCCCCGUCCCCUGCUUCCAUGCCACUGCUGGGAUAAUGCAUGCCAGUCCCAGACUGUGUCUAUAGGUAAAUUCAUGACUAGCGGAGUGCAGUGUCGUGACUCUGGGGGGGGGGUGGGGGGGGCGCUGUUCAUGACUGUCUUAAGGAAUUCAGAAUGGAAGCCUGACCUUUGCCUUUCUGUAGAAAUUUGUGUUUCCAAAUGCUUUGGUGUAAUGUUUAGCGGCUGUUUAUUAAACUUAUGAAUUGUACUCAGGCUGGAGAA